AUGUACCCUAUACCCCUAGUUGACUUAGUCUUGUCUUCAAGACAAACACACAUCUUUUGUUUUAUUUCUCAAAUCCGGUGUUCUCCUUUUGUUUUGCAAUAUGAUUAUUUCUUUGAAAUAAUGUUAACUCGUUCGUCAGCAGCUUCUCGUUCAUCUCCACCAAUUGAUCAAGAAAUUGAAAAACGUCGACGAUCCACCAUCACAAAUAAUGAUGAGCAACAACAAAAUGACAAUUUCUCGUCAACACAAGCUAAACCGUUGAAAAAACGUUGGUUAGCUCAUCACAAUGAUGAUCAAGAACAACAAGUAGAUCUUAGUCAAGAUAAUUUAUUAUCAAUCAAUAAUUUAAUUCGUGAAUAUAAUUUUCAAGAUUGGCAAACAAUAACAGUUCUCGUGCGCAUAGGAAAUAAUGAAUAUGUAUCCGGUACAAUCACUGAUAUUCCAAAAACUGCGUGUUUAACAGUUGUGCCAUCGAUUCAACCGAAUUCCAGUGCUCAUUCAAAUCAAAUUCAAAUCAAUUUAUUCGAAAAUCUUUUCGGAAUUUUAUCUGAUAAUGCACCACCCAUACGAGAAUUAACCACAGGAAAACAUGUUGUAUGUCGUCGACAACAAAAUUCGCCAAUUUAUCAACAUGGAAUCAUUAUCGAGAAAACCGACGAUGCCAAAUUCAAUAUUUUAUUCGAAAAUCAACAAGAAAGUUUCUACGUACCAAGACAAUCCAUUCGAUUGUUUUUACCACCUUGGCACGAUGAAAUUCCUGUUGAUUGGAAUGCCGCACUUGAAUCGACUUAUUUAUUCAAAUCGAGUCUUACAUCUGAUCUUAAUCAACGAUCAGGUUAUUUUGGAAGUCCAUCACCACGUGAAUCAUCGGUUUCAUCCAAUGAUAGUUUACAAUCAACAAAUACCAAUUUAAAUGACUCGGUUAAAAUGACAUCGAACGAUUGUUUGACAAAAGAAAAUCCUUCAAUCGGCAAUUCGAAUUCGUCAUUGAAUAAUUCGAAUGAUGUUCCAACAACAAUUUAUAAUCAAGUUCUUUAUCGUAAAGGGGAUGUGAUGACAUCAAGUCAAUCACAAAUUCGUAAGAAAUUCAAUGGUAAACAAUGGCGUCGUCUUUGUUCAAAAGAUGGUUGUCCAAAAGAAUCUCAACGACGUGGUCUUUGUUCGCGACAUUUAUCCCAAAAAGGACGACAAGAACAUUGUGCUCAAACAACAGUUAGUUUCGAUCGAAUUCAUUCUCAACCAUCGAUCCUUCCAUUGACAACAACCAAUUCAUCGAUGCCGCCACAACAUGGAUAUUAUUCUGCUCCACAAUCGCGAACUACAACACCACUUUUGUUCUCACAACAAUCACCGAGAUUUCUAUUACAACCGAAUUCAUUCGACAAUGAAGAUUUUCAUUCGAAUGGUUAUUCAUCUGGUCCACGAUCAACGACAUCAGAAAUUUUAACCAACGAAUCUUCCCAAGGUUUAGUCAAUUCGAUUCGAACGGUUAAUUGGCCAGAACUUUUACCGAAAAUCGCGAUAAAUUUCGAUUCAAAUCGUUUUCAUUCGAUUGCCACUGAUGAAACAAAAGACGAUGAAAAUAACAAUUCAUCGAAUCCAGACGAUAGUUCAAUGCACGAAGAUGAAACGAAUUCUUCAACUAAAAAUGAUAACGAUAAUGAAAACUCGUCAUUUCAUCCCGAUGAUUAUCAAAAUUUCCAACGUUCAUCUUCAUCGACAUCGAAGGACAAACAUGUUCGACGUCCGAUGAAUUCAUUUAUGUUAUUUUCUCAAGAACAACGCGGAAAAAUUCACUUAGCGAAUCCAAAUCGUGAUAAUCGAAAUGUUUCGAAGAUUUUAGGUGAAAAAUGGUAUUCAUUAUCCGCAAGUGAACAAGAACAAUAUCGAAUUCGAGCGAAAAAAUUGAGAAAUGAACAUUCGAAACAAAAUCCUUCGUUCAAAUGGACAAAUCAAUCGAAUAAAUCGAAUUCAUCGACUGUUCCAAUCGAAAGUAAAGAUGAAACUGAUCAAUGUAGAAGAUCAGCUCGUUUACAAUCACAUUCAAAUCAAGAGAAAAACACUUCACCACUUUGCGAUCGAUUACAAGCAUUUGCACAAAUUUGUACAAAUAUGCCAAAAUUAACUGAAGAAUCAACACAAAGAUUUUCUCCAAUAACAAAACCUUCUUCGGAUAAUAUUUCAACAUUGACUAAUCUGAUUACACCUGUUCCUAUUCAUGGAAAUUCAACUCCGACAAGUACAAUGACGACAAAUAUCAAUUCAACUCAUGAAUUUGAUCAUACAUCAUCAACUGGAACUUUUCAAUUUCGUAAUACAGCAUUUCGUCUUCAUUCAUCUUGUCAUUCAACUGAAAGUAAUUCUGUACCAAAUUCUCCACAUUUAAAAGUUGAAAAUACUUCAUCAUCAUCAUCAUCAUCAUCAUCAUCAGUUUUAUCUGAAAAUGAAACAUGUCGAACGAUUGUUUCGAUGUUACUCAAUCAACGCAAAACGAAUCUUGGUCUUGAACAACAUCUUAAACAUUUACAAUCGACAUCAAAUCAUUCAAAUAAAGCAUCAACAUCUCAAUCACCAACUGAAUCGAACAGUAACUCUCAUGAUCGACUCAAACGUUCUUCCUUCGAUGAACAACAACAACAACGAAACUUAAAUUUUCACAACUCUCAACAUCGUUUCUUCACACAUUCAACACUAACUUCAUCAGCAAGUAAUUCUACUGGUUAUUCAAGUGGUUCAUCAUCAUCGACAUCUUCACUUGAUAGUAGUAGUACAAUUUUAUCAGCAUAUAGUUCUCGUUCGAAUAGUUCACUGUCUGAACGAAGUAAAACAUCACCAACACCAUUAAAACAAAUUCCAUUUCAAUAUUUACCUACAAUUAAUGAAUCAAAUAUACAUUUACCAAUCACAACUGAUGAUGAAGUGACACAAUUAACUUCAUUUAAUGAAAAUCGAUAUGAAAAACAAUCACCUAUUCCAACCACAUCGGAACAAUUCGAUUCGAAUGUGAACAAACCAUUAGCAAAACGAAGAAAAACGAUCACAUUAGAAGUUGUUCAACGUCCGACAACUCGAUCUCGUAGUAUUAGUGAACGUGCUGGAACAGGCAGUUGUAGUAGCAGUGAUUUAUUUCCAAUUGUAACACGUAAACGAAAAGCAUCUAUCAAUAGUGAACAAAAUGAAAGUGAAAUCAAACGUACAACUAUUGAUUAUGUCAAACAGUUAGAUGAUAUGAAAAGUCAUUAUAUAAAAAUAAGUUCGAUUCGUCAAAUAAAUACAUCAGCUUGUUCAAUUAAUCCAGUUUUGAAUAAAAAUCAGUUAACAUCAAGAAUAAAAGUGAUUGAGUUUUUGAAAGAUCAUCUUUAUCCCACUGAUUUAUCAAUAUCAUCAUUUCAAGUUGAAAAUCAAGAUAUAUUUCCAACAAAACGUUUAUUAAAUCAACGUAUUCGAGAAAUUCGACAAAAAUUAAUGAGUCAUGUCAAUCAACAACAAAUAAUUCGUGAAACAUCAUCAUAA